AUGGGAACAGGCGGCAUGAGCAUCUUUGGCGGUGGCAUCGGAGCCAAAGUAAUCUUUGCCAAGGGUCUCUUCGCACCAAUCGAGGCAGAAGAAGCCUGUCUAGAGGAUAGACUGCUCAACUCGAAAGACAAUGCAACUAUCAUCUACGAUGUGGACCAGAAAACCGGAUUUCUGGUCCCAGAGUUGAAUUCUGUUCUUCAGAUUGUUCAUAUCUGGGCUUCAAGACAAGUAGACAGCGCCGACCUUUUAUCCAAAGUACCCUUCAUUCCCCCCAGCAAAGAAGGAGGCAAGAUUGCACUCGAAGUCAUCACAGCAAACAAAAACCUCAUAUUACGAGAAGGAUACGCCGAGGAAAAAAAGUUGUUUUUCAUGACCAAACUCAAGGAUGUAUUCCGCGCGCUGGAGAAGAGAAAAGAACAGCAAAGACUGGUGAAUGAAAACUCGACUCGGAUACUAGAGACAAGAUCGAUUCGAGGGUGGGAAAUCUACGAUAUUGCAACCAGUAAGCCGUCAUGGGAGAAGAGAAUCAAGUUACCACUCAGCUCGAGCGAUUCAUGGCAUAACAUACCUCGCGAAAAUCCCGACAUGAUAGUGUUGUUCUGUAAGGGAAUGACCGACGCAAUUAGGCCAGAUGCAAAGACUGUUUGCAAAGCGUGGUGUCCCCUUCCCCGAGACAAUUAUCUCAUGGCAAGUGCGGAGUACGUCAACAUGCUUUCUGAAAAACACGGAGGGGUUACUGGGAAGCCGAGACUUGCAGCAAAACUUUACUUGAAGGUCACCAAAGAUAAUAGUAUCUUGGGAAAUUGUCAGAUGAGUAAAGACGGAUGUAAUCAUGCACAGUCCAUGCAAACAAGCCCACCUCACUACCGAGUGUUCUUGAAGAGUGGUGCGAUUGUUUUUGGGAAAAGUAUGGCGCGAAAGUCUAGCGGUUCCUACUAG